UGCCCAUUGACACGGCGUCGCCAUUUGCAUGCGCCGCGAAGCUCGGACGUCAUCUCUACAGCGCAUGACUUCACGCGACGACUGUAUCAGACACCAUUCACAUUGACCACAGUCUACACUGCUUCGAUAAAACUGCUGUCGCGUGUCUGUUGGAAGGAGGAUAUCCUGCAAGACUCGACUUGGCCUUUUUGUCACGAUCAGAUCCGUCGCCCAACCGCUACAAUAUUUGCGACUGGUUCGCGGUCGUGAAAGGUCUCGACCGCUACCAUGCCGGACCACAAACGAACGGUCAAGCUGGUCACCCGCCAGCGCAUCAUCGAUGACCCGCCGGAGGUUGAGGGUUUCCCCAUGCGCCAAUGGGACAUCAAUAUCCACAUCGUGGGCCCAGACGGCGACGAACUGCCAGCCAAUUGCUUCGAGAAAGCCACAUACCUAUUGCACGAGAGUUUCGGGAAAAGAGCUAAGCAGGUUUUCAAGGAGGCGCCAUUCACAAUCUCGGAGAAAGGAUGGGGAGAAUUCGAUAUGAACAUCGUCCUCACACCUAUUGGUGCUCCCAAGGGUGGCGAGCAGACCAUCCAGCACGAUCUCAACUUCCAACAGGGCAGAUACGAGAGCACUCACAAUGUGACCUUUCGCAACCCCAAAGGCGAGCUCCUCGAGCGCCUGAAAGAAUCCGGAUCCGUCGGCGAAGCCAAUGGCCCAGGUUCGAGCAAGCCGGAGAAGAAGCGCCAGAAGGCCAACCGCAAUGUCGAUAUGGAGAAGCUCGCCGAGGCAUUGCCACAACUGGCCGACGACGAUCUGCUACAAGUCGUGCAGAUGGUCCACGACAAUAAGACGGACGAAACAUACACUAAGAACGAUGUCGAAAACGGGGAAUUCCAUGUCGAUCUCUACACCUUACCCGACCAAUUGAUCAAGAUGCUCUGGGAUUUCACCGAGAAGCGCGUCGAGAUGUCCUCGCUCGCAUAGUCCGCGACCCGCAUCAAGGUGGAGAAG